GGGACGGAUGACGCAACUCUACUGUAAGCCAAUGUUUCUAUCUCCCUCGGGACAGUGUGGCAUCACUGCCAUGAACCAACACCAUUCACUGCUAAUGUGCACAAUGCUACAGCCGGUUUCUUCGCGCACGCAAGUUCAGCUUGAAUGAAUCAAAGAAAAUGUUACAGAAUUGCCAACAAUGGCGGGCAACUGUCGGAGGCGACGGGAUAGACGCGAUGUACGACAGACUAGAUCCUUAUGAUUACCCUGGGCGGGAAGAAGUAUUCAAGUCCUGGUCCAUGUUUUUCCACAAGGCAAGCCGACCAGUGAACAUCGAAUUCUUUGGCGGGCUGAACCUUCCGGAGUUGUACAAGCAUAUCACACCGGAGAAGCACUGGGAGGCUAUCGUUGUAAAUGCAGAAUCCCUCACCCGUGAAGUGCUUCCGGCUGCAUCGCGUGCAGCAGGGAGGCCUAUUCCACAAGGGAUGGUAAUUGUGGACCUUAAAGGUUUUGGGUUAUCACAGUUUUGGCAAGUGAAAUCAUUGGCACAAGCCUCAUUCCAGAUCUCACAGGAUUAUUAUCCAGACACAAUGGGACAACUUUUGAUAAUCAAUGCGCCAUCCUCAUUUACCUUCAUCUGGGGAAUGAUCAAGCCCUGGCUGGCAAAGGAGACUGUAGAGAAGGUUGAUAUUCUCGGUUCGAAUUAUAGAGAGGUUCUACUCGAUGUGAUAGAUGCCGAGAACCUGCCAGUAAUACUGGGAGGUACGUGCACUUGCAAGGGUGAAGGCGGAUGCGACCUUAGUGCUGCAGGACCAUGGAUGGAUGAGAGGAAGGCAAGGAAAAGGAACGGAAGUACGGAGGACUCCGGAUCCGCAGAAAAGACAGAAGAAGUCGCCACAGGGACCGAACAGAACAGUCCAGUUACCCAUCCCAUGGAUACCGAACUUAACUAGAUGAUGGGUACAAGUAGAAGUAUACAUGUGUAUCAUACACGGACAUCGAUAGGGCAUGAGCAAUGUGUACGAUUUGUACAUGUGACAUGGAUCAAACACCAGUUUCCUUGGAGCAGACGCUUGCAGUCUUUUGACGGAUCUUCAAUAUGAACUGCAUGAAUAUGAACAUAAUGGUUCCGCCAGUUGCAAGGCUCCCAGCAAAGACAGCGGCCUU